GCGCGCGGCCAAGCCCACAUCUCCAAACUGCAUCAGCCUGAUUUAGACUUGAUGAUGUCUAGAUGAUACAGCAUGCAUGAGUGUGCUGCUGCUAUAAGGCUUAGUUGUCAAACAAGUCUUCGCCCGAAAUAAGGGGAUAUGAGUAUAAAGAGAGUGCUUUUUUAAGAACUAAGUGAUGGAGCAGGGGUCAGAAGAGAACAUGGAGAGCUCUUGGACUCUGCUAUCCUGGCUGGCUUCUGGUGUGUUGGUGUUUGGGGGUGCGGUGCCCUACGUCCCCCAGUACCAGGAGAUCCAGAGGACCAAUAAUGCUGAGGGAUUCUCCACAAGAGUCUGUCUGGUGCUGCUCAUUGCUAAUAUACUUCGCAUUUUCUUCUGGAUAGGCAAACAGUUUGAGCUGCCUUUGCUCCUGCAGAGUGUGGUGAUGAUUCUCGCUAUGUUGGCUAUGCUUCAUUUGUGCUGUUCCAUCCAGAGCAGCAACCGUGUCAGUACCAAACAGCACCACAUCACAGAUUUGGACCUUCGGUAUUUCUGGAGCUGGAGUUCUUUUGAGGACUAUCUGGUGUUCUGCUUUGCCUUCAUGUUGCUGUGUGCUUUCAUAACAUUCCUCUUUCUGGACUGGGUCCUAUUUGUGGAGGCCCUGGGCUCUUUGGCGGUGAUGUUUGAAGCCAUGUUGGGCCUGCCUCAGCUGCUGCAGAACUACAACAACCGCUCCACCAGAGGCAUGAGCAUAAAGAUGGUGCUCCUGUGGACCGCUGGUGACAUCUUUAAGACCACGUAUUUUGUGAUCAAUGAAAGCCCCACUCAGUUCUUGGUCUGUGGUGCGGUACAGAUCUUAAUUGACAUUGCCAUUCUGCUCCAGGUGGGCUUCUACGGCCAGGACACGAGAAUCAAACUGGGCUGAACUCACUACAAUAAUGAUGGUCAUCAACACUCCUAAACAAGGACAUACUACAUGCUGCAUACCUACAAAACUACACGCUCUUACUUUUUCAGUAUUUCUUUUUGUACAAAUACACAGUGGGGUUCAAAAGUCUUAGACUACUAUGAAAAUGUUUCUAUUCUGUUUUUCUUUUAUUUAAUAUAACUUACUAAUUUAAUAAUGAUAUUAAAUAAUAUAUUUAUCAAUCAUUUAAAUUACUUUGUUUAUUACAAAUGCUUUAUUAUAGCAUGGCAAUUAAAGUAAAAAGUUCAGUUGAAAAAUGCUAAUGAUUUAUUAGGAGAGGAAAUAAUCUGACCUUUUGUCAUAAAUUAGUGGCCUAGAAAUAGAGCAACAUUUUAAAUUGUUUUGUAUUAGUUUUAUCAUGAUGUGUUUUUAAUUGUAUUCAAAAUCCUAAAAAAAUAUUUUAAAAAAAUUCUAGCUUUAAUGAUUUGAUUUUGGAUCCCAGAUUUUCCUUUUGGCCUCAGUCUUUUAAACCCCACUGCGUAUUUAUAUUUAUAUUUAUUAUAUUUUUCCUGAGUUCAGGUUUUUUAUCUCUCUUUUCAAGUUAUUUCACGUCUUACCAAACAACAAGUCUGUUCAAAGAAGAGUGAACGGGCCUUAAAUGAACCUGCUGAACAUCUUAAAAUUUAAAAAACAAACAUUUAACUAAUCUAGUCUACACAUUCACUGAAUGAAUGACCUUUCACUUUGUUAUUUUUAUAGUAUUUGUCUUUUUGCUAGCUUUUGUGAGAGCCAAAAUGCUCUUAGUGCAAUGAAAUUGCUUGGAAAUGCAUGUGCCAAAUGCAUCUGCUAGAAACUGAAUUCAAACUGCUAGCUCAUUUGUCAACCAUUUGUGGUCCUUUUUCAUUUUAGAGCACUUAAAUGAUUGUUACUUGCAUAGUUGCACACGAAAAUCCAUAUUUUAAGCAGCAGAUUAAUGUUAGACAUUUAAACCUGGAGUCAAAACCAGUGCGGAUGAAUGAUUUUAUUACCAAACUUUAAUUACCUAACUGUAUCAGUGGAACAGCAUGAGGGUAUACCAUAAAUAUAUAAUGGACAACUGA